AUGUCGACCGCAAGCACUCCCGGCAGUGCGCCCAAAACUAUGUCUUCCAGAUUGUUGACGAUGAAGUUCAUGCAACGAGCUGCCAAUACCUCUCCAACCUCUCGAGCAGAACCAUCUCCCGAUGAGCCGUCCGCAAAGCGCCGAAAGACCGAUUCGAGCCCCUCUACUCCUACCAAAUUCAACGUUGAUGCUUUGGCAGAUCGAAGUGCUAUUCAAACUGCGUUGGCGGACGAGGAGGCAAAGCGUCAAGCUGCUUUGGAGAGACAAGCUGCUGAACUCGGAGAUACCAGAUGGGUUCUGAGCUUUGAGGACCAGCAGAACCUUGCUGCGGCUCCGCCGUUAGCCUUGAGAGUUGUCCAGACUGGCUUUGCAAACCUUGAUGCUUCACCAGUAAGAGUGCAAUACAUGGAUGAUGAUCCCGAGGAAAAGCCUGUGAUGAUCGGCCGCAGAAGCUUUGGAAAGUUCAACAAGGUAGUGGAGAAACGACAAGACCCCAAUGCCGAGGACACUUCAGAGUCUGAUUCUGAAGCGGACGAAGAGGAUGACUCUUCCGAGGGAGAGAGCGAAUCCGAUGACCCGGCAAGCGAAUUGAUCAGAGCCUCACGAGAGGAAGCUGCAGAACGGGCUAAAGCCGAGCGCAAAGCCAAGAAACGUGCCGCAAAAGCCGAGUUGGAGGAGAUGGCAAAAAAGCGGAGGAAGACCGAAGUCAACCUCAACGGAUUGUCUUCUUUGUCUGGCAGACAAGAUAGGAAACCACCUGUUGCCAAGAAUUGUUAUACUUGUGGUGGCAAUCACUAUAAAAAAGACUGUCCAGCCAAGAAGCGAGGUCAUCAGGGCGGAGAUGACGGGCCACCAAGGAAAUCCAGAAAGUCGAGGUGA